UGAUCGUCCACCAGCACCAGCACCGCCAGCAGCCAUGUCGUCCUUCUUUUCAAAGGCCUCCCAGUAUGCCGCCUCGCCCGAGUUUAGAACCUACCUCAUGAGGUACUUUCACUUUUGGGGACCUGUCGCCAACUGGGGCCUGCCCCUGGCCGCCAUCGCCGACAUGAAGAAGUCGCCCGAGCUGAUUUCCGGAAACAUGACCUUUGCCCUGUCGCUCUACUCGAUCCUCUUCAUGCGAUUUGCCCUCCGUGUCCAGCCCGUGAACUACCUCCUGUUCGCCUGCCAUGCCACCAACGAAGCUGCCCAGCUGUGUCAGGGCUACCGCUACAUCAACUACCACUACUUUGGUGGUAAAGUCGCCGAAGAAACCACCAAGUCGGCUUAAUUGGGCCACGGUGAUGCCCCCCGCGGCCCGCCCAUGUUGCUGAAUGGAGCGCUCGCAGCUGCCGCAUCUCUGUUAUCCUUGCCCGCUCCUUGUGGCAACUGCUCGCUCUCGCUCAAUAAAACAGCUUCUCCGAA